UUUCGCCUUGCCGAUGUGGCUCAGAAAGGAAAGCUCGGGUUUGUUAACAAUAAGACGCGAUGGCCACUCAUCCAGCAUUAGCGGCUCUUGCGCUCGUGGAGAAUUUCAGAUCCGCGACUGAGCAGAAACGUAGUGUCUUCCUGGGUUGUAAUCCUGUACUUGACGACGGUUAGGUAGAGUAGCUCGAUCUGAUUCUUGACGGCGGGGAACACAAUCUUUUGGCCGUCAUCGUGGGCAAUGCCUGUCAGGGCCAGGACUUUGUCGACGGCCUCGGUCGCUUGCGUAGGCCGCAGCACCGGGAGAAGUGCUUUCAAACGGGAUCGAUUAUGGCAGCUUAACAGGUUGAGAACUGGCUCCGGCUCUCUGUCUAGUUCUGUGAAACUCGGCGGUUCCCGAAUUGAAUUGCGGGUGUGUUAUGCUCUCAAUGAAAGCGAAGUCCCUCCGGAACUGGCCGCGGCGGACGACGCUCUCGGCAAUCGAGCGGGCGGGCACCUUAUGCCAGCCCGGGCCGUAGUAUGUUGUUUGCGACACGGUGAAUUGGAUGCUUCCCAAAGUAUAUUCCAUGAACGAGUCCAAUCUCCAUAUACCACUUUUGCCUCUUGUCCCAUGACAGACUCUUGGAACGUCCAAGCGCGGCGGAACCAAGGCGUGUGCUCGAGGAAGUGGUUCAGAUGCUGUAAACCAUCGAGGCUGAACCUACUGUGGCCCAUAUGUUUCACCCGCCGGGGGCCGAGCGCAAGAAAUCGCCGCCGCUCGCCCUCCAAAUGUCGCCUUAAAGGAAGAACCGUUCGCCACCAGGCGGCGGCUGUACCGCUGCAGCGCGGCCUUGGCCACGAGAUUGAGGAACCGCGUCGUCCAACAAUCAAGUGAAGAAUCCGUCUCGCUCGCUGGGAUCGAUGCACUGGAGUAUCAUGCAUAGGUCGAUACAGCCGAAGACGUGGUCGACGUCGUGUCCGGCCGUCGCCGCGUCCCUCAGCCAGAUCACAACGGGCGAAGCGCCUGCGUAGAUCUCUGUCAUCAGUCUGAUCUGCGCGCCCUUCUCGACUUCAUCCUUCUGGUUGAUGCAAAUUUGGUCGAUCCAGAGCCGCCGCGAUUCAUCCCGGAGCCGAAGAUGCCGCAGGAGCCUGUGCAGGUUGUCCGUGAC